AUGGAAACUUCAACAUUUUAUUUUUAUGACAUUAACUCCACAUUUCCUUGGGAUGAGGAUGACAAUAAUCCAUGUGUGAAGGAUAAGAUUGCAUCGAAAUUCCUGUCAGUGUUGUACUCAAUGCUGUUCGUCAUUGGACUUGUAGGAAACGGCUUGGUGUUGUACUUCGUGACGCAAUGCAUGAGGCUGAAGAGCAUGACCGAUGUGUUUUUCCUGAACCUGGUCAUUUCAGAUUUGCUCCUCAUCACUUCACUGCCGUUUCUGGCCUAUUACGCCGCUGAUCAGUGGAUUUUUGGAGACGCCAUGUGCAAAAUAAUUAUGGGAUCAUACCACGUGGGCUUCUACAGAGGGAUCUUCUUUGUCACCCUGAUGAGCAUCGACAGAUACCUCACAGUAGCGCACACGGUGUACGCCAUUCAAGAGAGGCUUGUGUGUUAUGGCACCAUUCUAAGCUCUGUAGUUUGGGUGAUUUCGGUUGCAGUUUCUUUUCCUGAAAUUUCUUACAAUUCGGUCAUCUAUGACAACAUCACCACUUGCAGACCCCAGUAUUCACGUUCACAAAGGAAAUCCUUAAAAAUUUCCAGUAUAUUUAAGAUGAACAUGUUAGGGUUUUUGAUUCCCUUUGCAAUUACACGUAUUUGCUCCUUCAUGAUAUUCGAACGGCUUCUACGGUGCCAUUCCGUAAAGCGGGAAUCCAUCAAGCUCGUUUUCUUUAUCGUGGGGGCCUUUUUCAUUUUCUGGGCCCCAUAUAAUAUCGCUUCAUUUUUGGAUGCCCUGCAAGCAUUCGGAAUAUUCAGUGACUGCAAGUCGAAUAUAAAUAUCGACCUGACGCUUCAGGUGACGGAGGUCAUCGCCCAUAUCCACAGCUGUUUGAACCCUUACUUUUACAUAUUUGUGGGGGGAAAAUUCAAAAAGCACUCCAUCAGAAUGCAUAGUGCCCCUCUUGAAGUGCAGCCUGCUGAAGCCGCAUCUGCCGUCAACCGUCAGUUCGUUCCUCUCUCAGUCUACUAGUGUUGGAGAAAACAGUGUGGCUUUGUGAAUACGUUUAUUUGAGACUAAUAGAAAUCCUUGGAGUAUUUUAACAUUUUUAUAUAUUGUUUUUAUUUGUAUCACCCAUGUAAAUCACACUUUUAUGAACACCGGUAAUCUCACAUGUUUGUAGGUGCCAUCUAUGGAAGUGGGGAAAAGGGAGCAAUACUGUAAUGGUGAAUGAAAAUCAAAAGUCCACACCAGCCACAUUUGAGUCUGUACAUCGCUACCAAUGACUGCUGGUAAAAGAGACUCGGUUUUGAUUUUUGGUUUGACUGUUUGAGAUCAAAUCCAAAAUGACUACAU